AUGAAUACAAAACGCAAAACCAAUGAAGAAGCAAUCAUCGCCUUAAACAGCACAUAUGACUACAUAAUAGUUGGAGCAGGUUCAGCCGGCUGUGUUCUUGCUAACAGACUUUCUGAAGAUUUGGGGUCUUCCGUACUAAUAGUAGAAGCCGGAGGAUCAGAAAACGAGAACGACAUUAUGCAUAUUCCUAUAACAGCUGGAGGUUUGCAAAAGACGAAACAAGACUGGGCCUUCAGAACAGUCCCUCAGAAGAACGCAUUGAAGGGGUUAAAAGACAAGAGAAGUGCUCAGGCGAGAGGGCGAGUUCUUGGUGGGAGCAGUUCCAUUAACUAUAUGGUGUAUAUGAGAGGCAGUCGCCAUGACUUUGAUGGAUGGGAACAGGAAGGUGCCGAAGGAUGGAGCUACAAGGAUAUUCUACCAUAUUUCAUUAAGUCAGAGGAUAUUCAAAUACCAACACUAAAAGAUUCACCUUACCAUGGAAAAGGAGGUCCACUGACAGUGAGUGAUGGAACAGCUACUCCUCUGAGCGAUGUGUAUAGACGGGGAUUAGAGAAGCAAGGGUACUCUGUUGUAGACUGUAAUGGGAAAAGCCAAAUAGGUUUCUGUCACGCACAAGAAACGAUCAGAAACGGGGAAAGAUGGAGUACUGCUAAAGCUUUUCUCAGACCUGCUAUGAACCGACCAAAUCUUCACGUGGCAGUGAACUCCUAUGUUACCAAGAUUUUAAUCGAAAAGAAGAAGGCAGUGGGUAUUUCACUUGUGAGAGACAACUUAAAACAUGUAAUAAAGGCAAGAAAAGAAGUUAUUAUAUCUGCUGGUGCGUUCAACAGUCCACAGAUUCUAAUGUUGUCCGGCAUCGGACCAAAGAGCCACCUACAAUCAUUAGGGAUAUCAUUGAUUGCCGAUUUACCCGUUGGAGAAAAUUUAGAGGAUCAUUUAAAUGUACUGUUGCUAUUCAGGGAUAACACAACUUCAUCAUUUCAACAGUUAGCAUUAUCAGUUUUCCAAUACUUAGCAUUCAAAUCAGGUCCUAUGACUAAGUCCCAUUUAGAGUCUCACGCAUUUCUGAAGGAAGAUGGCUCCUUGCUUCCAUACAUGCAGAUGUCGUUCUACAGUGUGCUGUCAAUGCCUUCUAUUGCCUAUGACUUCACAAAAAUUAUUAACUGGGAUCCAAAGAUCACCGAGGGUGUGUAUAAAGCAUACGCGGACUUCAUAAGCAAUGGAGGGAGCUUCUUCACCGCAAAUAUACUUCUCCAUCCAAAGAGUAGGGGAACCGUUCGACUUCAGAGUACUGAUCCCUUUGAUCCACCACUCAUUACCGUCUUCCUUGGAAGACGCGUACGUAAGCUAGCCAACACAGAAUCAUUCAGAUCAAUUGGUGCGUCACCAUCAGACCCCUAUGAGGAGUAUUAUCCUCCAUGUAACGAGCUUCCAUACCCUUCAGAGGAGUACUGGGUCUGUAGAAUCAAGCACUAUGCGUUCAACGUCUGGCAUCCAACGUCUACAUGUAGAAUGGGGGCAUUGGAUGAUCAUACGGCUGUUUUUGAUCCACAACUCAGGGUUAAAGGUAUACAGAAUCUUCGUGUAGUCGAUGCCUCCGUCAUGCGUCACGUAACCUCUGGAAACACAAAUGCUCCAACCAUAAUGAUAGCAGAAAAAGCGGCCGACAUGAUUCGAGGAAUAGAUAGUGUUAAAGAUAUUCGUAAAAGAAUUAUCAAUUUAUAAAUAUUGAUAAAAGAUGAAGUGUUAAAUUUUUUUGGGAGGAAAGGGGGGAUCAUGCGUGUGUUUACACAUUUCAAGGCAAGAAAACAUGAAAGAGGAGAUAUAACAUUCUUUUCAUAUCAACGUAAAGAUAUUUACAUAUAGGUCGAAUUAGGGCAUUUUAGAAAUUUGAACAAAGUAAAUUUGUUUAUGAUCUAUCAUAAGUUAAGAUU